GGCUCUUAGGGACUGCUCCACUGAGCCAUGGCCUGUCCAGCUGCCCCCUGGCUGCUCCUGGUUAUGCCUCUUGCCCUGCUAGGGUCACUGGUUGCCCCAGCAUUCCAGCCUGAACAGGGUCAGGCUGGAGGGGAAUCUGGGCAGCAACUGGACCAAGAAAUUGGAGCAGGGGAAUCGGUCCUGGUCUCAGCCUAUGUGCAUCUGGAAUUUUCAGACAAGACCUGGCCACCAAUGUUCUCCAGGAACCUGACUCUCCUCCCUGCCUCAGCUUCCUCUUCCCUGAAAACUCUCAUUGGCCUCAGCCUCACGACAGAGUGUAAUGUCAACCACACGGGGUACAGCCACUGUUCUUGCCUCUCUGGGUACCAGUGGAAUGCCAGUGUCUGCUCCCAUCACCUUCUCUGCCACCCCCAGCACCAAAGCCACCAGCCUUGUGGCUGUCUUGUCUUCAGCCAUCCUGUCUCCGGCUACUGCCAGUUGCUGCCACCUGUCACCCUCCAGGGCUCUCCUGUCUCCUGCCUCCCUGCAGUGCCUGGGAACCUGAGGCUGAACUCCCAUCUGCAGAUGCCUGGUGACACACUGAACCUGACUCUCCGCAUAAGCCAGGAGGCCACUAACCUGACAUGGUUCUUGAGGCGCCCAGGGAAGCCCACACCCAUCCUCCUGCAGAAAGGAACACAGGUGUCCCUGACCUCCAGCCAGGGCCAGGUUGUCCUCAGCAUCAGCCACAUGUCCCAGUAUUGGGCAGGUGAGUACAUGAGCUGCUUCGAGGCCCAGGGAUUCAGGUGGGAGCUGCGCCAGGUGGUGAAGGUGCCUUUGCAGCAGAAAGAAGUGGCUCGAAUUCCAGAGAAGCUGUCCAUCUCCUGUGCCACCUCCUCUGGCUUCCAGCUGAGCUGCUGCAUCCCCAGGACACACCUGGCCUACACUGCUGCCUGGAACCCUGAGGAGGGCAGUCAAGCCUCCUUACUCACCACCUCAGGCUCUCAGUGUCUUGUGCUGGCUAUUCAGCGCUGCCCAGCCGCUGACACCACCUACACUUGUGUCCUGCAGAGCCAGGACCUGGAUCCUCUCAGGUUUCCUGUCCCUGUCACCAUCAUCCAGGAUGGAGAUACUACCUGCCCCGAGAACUUCUCUGUUGUUGCCUGGAAUGUAACCAAGGCUGGCCACGUGGCAGAGGCCCCAUGUCCCAUGAAUAAGAUGGGUGUCGUGAAGAGGCCCUGCAGGCCUGAUGGCAUCUGGGGGCCCGUUCAGACUGACUGCACAGACGUGGGGAUCCUGGCCUUGUGUAUUAAAGCCAAGUUGCUGCAGGCAGGCCAGGGCAGGCCUGCUGAGGAGGUGCCACAGAUCCUGGCACAGCUGCAAAGGCGGGUGGGGAUGGCAAGCUCACCCUCUGACUUAGUAGCAUUGCUGAGCACCGUGAAAUCACUGUCUGAGGUGGUGGCAGAGGACAGAAUGCAUCUUGAUCGCAGUGCCCUGGAGGAUCUCCUGGCCACCACAGACAACAUCCUAGACAUGAACAUCAGCUCUCUGUGGACCCAGGCCCAGGUCCAGAAGCCCACGGAGGGUUCACACUUCUUGCUGGCUGUGGAGACUCUAGUUCGCAGCCUGUCCCCAGAGGAUCAGCCCUUCUCCUUCAACUCAUCCAAUGUGCUGCUGCAGAGUCAGUUCUUCGAACCCACACUUCCUCAGUACCGAAUCUCCUUCCCCACUCAGCCCCCGGUGUGGGCAGAGAUUCCCAGUCACUCACUGGCUCCUCUGGUUCAUAAUGGAACCAACAUCAGUGUUACUAGUCUGGUACUACAGAAACUGGAUCACCUUCUACCCUCAAACUAUGGACAAGGGCUGGGGGACUCCUUCUAUGCCACUGAUGGUCUGGUGCUCGUCAUCUCCAUCAUGGCAGGUGGCCAGGCUUUCACCCAGGCAGAGGUCAUAAUGGACUUUGGGGACACCGAUGACUUUCUGCACUGUGUUUUCUGGGAUCACAAACUCUUUGGGGGUGAAGGGGGCUGGUCAGGUGAAGGGUGCCGGGCAGAUGCCGCCAUUGCUAGCCCUGCUACUUGGUGCAUUUGCCAGCACCUCACUGCCUUCUCCAUCCUCAUGUCCCGACAAACUGUUCCAGAAAAUCCUGUCCUGGACCUGCUGAGUCAGGUGGGCUUGGGGAGUUCUAUACUGGCACUGCUUGUGUGCUUGGGCGUGUACCGACUGGUGUGGAGAGUUGUGGUGCGGAACAAAGUCGCCUUCUUCCGCCAUGCUGCCCUGCUCAACAUGGUCAUCUGCCUGCUGGCUGCAGACACCAUCUUCCUGGGAGCCUCAUUCCUUCCGCCUGGUUACCUCACCCCACUCUGCCUGGCUACUACCUUCCUGACUCAUUUUUUCUACCUGGCCACCUUUUUUUGGAUGCUGGCACAGGCCUUGGUGUUGGCCCACCAGCUACUUUUUGUCUUCCACCAGCUGUCCAAGCACCGAGUUCUCUCCCUGAUGGUGAUCCUUGGCUACCUGUGCCCACUGGUGUUUGCAAGUGUCACCCUAGGUCUUUACCUGCCUCAAGGGCAAUACCUGAGGGAGGGGAAAUGCUGGUUAGAUGGAAAGGGAGGGGCAUUCUACACCUUCGUGGGGCCACUACUGGCCAUCGUGGGAGUCAAUGGGCUGGUACUAGCCACAGCUGUGCUGAAGUUGUUGAGACCUUCACUGUCGGAGGGGCCCCCAGUAGAGAAGCGACAAGCUCUUCUGGGGGUGAUCAAAGCCCUGCUCAUUCUCACACCCAUCUUUGGCCUCACUUGGGGGUUGGGCUUGGCCACUCUGCUAGAGGAAGUCUCCACAGUCCCUCAUUACAUCUUCACUGCGCUCAACAGUUUCCAGGGUGUCUUCAUCUUAUUGUUUGGUUGUCUCACAGAUAAGAAGGUACAAGAGGCUUUACGAAAACGCUUUUGCAGUAACCAACCUCCAAAUUCCACUAUCUCCCUGGCCACAAAUGAAACCUACAUCUUGGAACAAAGCAAAAGAAGUGAAACGCCAGGUAAGAAUGAGUUUCAUUCAGAGCAGUAAGAGCAGCGUGGAAUGAGGACGGGUUUAGCAAAGGGCCUCCUGGCAAAGUUCUGGACAGCAGGCUCCUCUUCC